AUGGCCCCGCGCGCGGGACAGCCCAGGCUCCGGCGACCGAUGCUGCCGGGGCUGCUGCUCGUGGCGGCGGCGUUGAGCCGGCCCGCCGCGCCCUGCCCCUUCCAGUGCUACUGCUUCGGGGGCCCCAAGCUGCUGUUGCGCUGCGCGUCGGGCGCCGAGCUCCGGCAGCCGCCGCGGGACGUGCCGCCUGACGCGCGCAACCUCACCAUCGUGGGCGCCAACCUGACGGUGCUGCGCGCCGCCGCCUUCGCCGGCGGGGACGCAGACACGGCCGGGGACCGGCAGCAGGAGGGGGCGGCGGCGGCGGCCACGGGCGUGCGCCUGCCGCUCCUGACCGCGCUGCGCCUCACGCACAACAACAUCGAGGUGGUGGAGGACGGCGCCUUCGACGGGCUGCCCAGCCUGACGGCGCUCGACCUCAGCCACAACCCGCUGCGCGCUCUGGGCGGCGGCGCCUUCCGCGGGCUACCCACGCUGCGCUCGCUGCAACUCAACCAGGCGCUGGGCAGGGGCGGCCCGGGGCUGCUGGACUCCCUGGACGCCGCGCUCGCACCGCUGGCCGAGCUGCGCUUGCUGGGCUUGGCCGGGAACGCGCUGAGCCGCCUGCCGCCCGCCGCGCUGCACCUGCCGCGCCUCGAGCAGCUGGACGCGCGCCACAACGCGCUGCCGGGCCUGGGCCCCGACGAGCUGCGCGCCCUCGAGCGCGACGCCGGCCUGCCGGGGCCGCGCCUGCUGCUGGCCGACAACCCGCUGCGCUGCGGCUGUGCCGUGCGUCCCCUGCUGGCCUGGCUGCACAACGCCACGGAACGCGUGCCCGACGCGCGGCGCCUGCGCUGCGCCGGCCCGCGGGCGCUGCACGACCGGCCCCUGCUGGACCUGGAGGAGGCGCGGCUGCGCUGCGGGCACGCCGACGGGCGCGGGGAAGAAGAGGAAGCGGCCGGCCCGGAGCUGGAAGCUUCCUAUGUGUUCUUCGGGCUGGUGCUAGCGCUCAUCGGCCUCAUCUUCCUUAUGGUGCUCUAUCUGAAUCGGCGCGGCAUCCAGCGCUGGAUGCGCAACCUGCGAGAGGCGUGCCGGGACCAGAUGGAGGGCUACCACUACCGCUACGAGCAGGACGCCGACCCGCGCCGCGCGCCCACCGCGCCCGCGGCCUCGCGCACCGCCUCCCCAGCCUCCGGCCUCUGA